AUGACAGCUGCGAACAAACUGGAUACUCAGACCCUCCAAUAUAGGAAGAAAGUCGUAAAGAGGAUGGUGGACAGAUUGAAGAUCUGUCUGCGCUGUGAGGCCGUUCAGACGGAUCCUCACCUGAUGAAGCGACACUACAAGAAGUACCAUCGAGGACAGUAUUACCCGCCUAAGGGGCAAUCGAUCUUCUGUGCAGGAUGCAAUAGGCGACUAUGGUCAUGGACCUAUAGGGUCCACAGGUGUACCGGAACCCUAGAGCAGGAGAAGCGCAAGCUUACGUGUUCGAGAUGUGGUGAGGUUUUUGCCAAUCCACAUCUAUCCGUGCACCUACUCGAGUGUCUACAGCCAACGGAGGAUAACAUAGAUGAGUACAGACUUGAUAAGCAUGCGUACGAUGGAAUACGAAACUUAGAGCAAAAGGAGCUGAGCUCGGAGGAAGAGGACUUAGAGGUACAAAGGGGCAUGAACAUCAGGGACAAGACCCUGGCAGCAGUCAAGACGAACUUGAUGACAUGCGAACCAUGUGGAAAAAAGUUCACGACGACACAGGCCAAAAGGAGACAUGAUAACGUAGCACACCAGAAAAUUACAACUAUAAAAGGGAACCCGACGUGGUGCUCGGGCUGCCAUAAAGGAUUUGGAGGCUCAAGUUCUUACAUGAGACAUCAAUGCCCUAAAACUGACGAUGAGGAUAAAGAAGAUGCUUGUGACACAUGUGGCAUAAUGUUAAUGAACCCUAUGCUGUCGAUACACAGGCUUAACCACUACCGAGAAGACAGGAGGGAUGAGUAG